AUGUUGGGUACACAACUAAAGAAGAAUUUCUCCUCUUCAAAUGGCUAAAACAUCAACAAGACCGUUGCCAUUCUAGCCAACUCCAGAUCAGGCGAUAUCGUUGGCCAGAAGAUCAUGCAAAAUCUUAAGGCAGUCUCAGGAGUCCAGGACUUUAACUUCUUUGGUUAUGGAGGUGAUUUCAUGAGGUCUGAAGGAUUAGCUGGUGAAAUACAAGUUGAGUUAGAUGACUUCAUGGGCAAGGAAUUCACUACAUUCAGAAAGACAAAGACCUACAGCGAGGUGCAAUACUCCACCAAGUACAACUUCGUUAACUUGAUAAACAAGCAUUUCGUGCUCAGACAAGACAAUAUACUUGAGAACUUCAAGAAAUUCGAUGUAGCCAAGAGAGUUUAUCAAGCCAGACCAAGUGUUGUCAUUAACAUUGACAAUGAAUACCUGACUUUCCAAGUUAUGGAAUAAUUGAAAACAUACUAUCAGAACAGUGCCAAUGAUCUUCCACAAAGACAUUUCCACAAUAAAUUCAUUAAGGACUACAAAUAAUGGGCUCUUAAGUACUUUGACUUUGUUCACCAUUAAAUCCCUAUUGUAAAUCCAACUUCUGAUGGCUUCAAAUUCCCCGGUGAAUACGUUGGCCAAUACUUAGUCUAUGAAGCAAUCAGACACAUCUAUCAAUAAAACAAGGAGCUUCAACCUCUUCUUAAGGAGGAAACUCUUAUGAUCAAUUAGAAAUUCUUCGCCGCUGACUUGGAGAAGGGUAUUGAGAAGGUCAGAGACAAUUUCAGAUAAAAGCACGGCAUUGACAAGAAUGCCACUGUCGUCUUUUUCUCUCCAGGUAAUGAGAAGUCAGAAGCUGAGUUCUGUGUUGAGAAUGUCCGUAAAGGUAUCAAGGAAUUCAUCCUCAAGUACUCCUCCCCAACUUCAUUGUCACCAAAGGCCCCACCCGUUGAGAACUAUGUGACUGUCAUCAGUCUACAGAAAGGAACUGAUGCUGAGUAAUACGUAAAAGAAUUCUUGGCUGAGAAGCAAUGGUUUGGCAGAGUCAUCCUUGUCUCAAAUGACAACAACGAGCAUAUUGAUGCUAUGGCUGCUUCAGACUUCGGCUUGUCCUAUGAUGGUUAGAUGAUUGGAGCUGCUACAGUUUGCCACUUGCCAAUGAUGAUUUUGGUCAAGAUGAGAAUGCAUCAUCAAUGGUUCAGUGACUUGUACAAUCAAUGGUGGAAUCAGAUGAAUAUCAUCGCUGACAACAAUAUCUACCCUGAGCUUAUUGGAGGCGAAGCCUGGUACGGUAAGAUCUGUGACACUCUUGCUGAGUGGUACGUAAAGCCAGAGACUAGAUUCGAUUACAUCAGAAAGUGGGAGUACUUCAUCAAGGAUGCACUCUCUUUCGAAAGAAUAGACCGCAGUGCAGUCAAAACAAGAGACAUAAUUCUAGCUGAUGGGCAGAGCUACGAUGAGGUCAAGGAUCCAUUCAGACAAGUCGCCAGACAUCUCUGGAAAGAUAUCUAAAAUUACGAACUAAGAAGUGGAUCCGCUGUAGAUGACUUUAGACCAUUAAACACAUCAAUCGGCAAACUUCAACAAGUGGCAGCAUUGGUCGAGCAACCUAGAACCAGGACUUCAACGCUUCAUAAAUCGCCAUCAAACCCAGAAUCAAGUCUAUCUAGGAGUUUGAAUGAUAACAAAAAGGAGUCUUAGUUGUUGAGAAGCGAUCUAGCCACUUUUGAGCACAAGGCCACUGAGACUAACAACGACACUUUGAAGGAGAUCAUGGAGGAUAUCGCCAAUCUAGAGAAAGAUUUCCGUAAACUUUAAGCUAUGGACAUCAAUGAAAUUGCCUUCCUCAAGCAGCAAGUUGGUCAGUUAGUGAACGAGAAGAUGAAGAUCGAAUAGAGCAAUGUGCUGCUUGCAACUAGAAUAAACGCAGUAGAGCACGAUGUGGGAUUUGAAUGA